AUGCCUUCUGCUACAGGAAACAAGCGCGUUAAGGGAGUCUCGGUCUUCCGGCCAUUCAUCUUCGGUAGCGAAGCGCAACUCUUUGAUCCCGAGAAGAAACCCGCGAACGCGCCUCCAGAUCACACCCACCAAUGGCGUGUUUUCGUCAAAGGCGUCAACGACGAGGAUAUCUCCUACUGGCUCAAGAAAGUCCAGUUCAAGCUUCACGAAACCUACGCUCAAGCCGUCCGCACCAUCGAGCAACCCCCUUUUGAAGUCGUCGAAACCGGCUGGGGGGAAUUCGAAAUCCAGAUCAAGCUAUACUUCCUCCCUGAGUCGGGCGAAAAGCCGCAGACCCUAUGGCAUAGUCUGAAGCUACACCCCUAUGGACCCGACGCGGAAGGUAUGAAGGAGCGCCGAGAGGUGGUUGUCAGCCAGAACUAUGAGGAGGUUAUAUUCAACGAGCCCGUCGAGCCGUUUUACGAAAUGUUGACGGGAGGCGCGCCCACGGGCCCGGUGUCUAAGGGCAAGGGUAAGAACUCCAAACAAAAUGCUGGGCGUACGGCAGAGAUUCCGUUGAGUGAUACGCCCAAGAAUCCGUACAGUCGUGCGACAGAGGGUAAGGAGCUUGAUCGGAUGGCCGAGGCAAUGCAGACAGUUGAUCAGAUGAUCAAGGAAGAGAAGGAGCGGCUGGUUGACCGGGAGAAAUAUUUGGCUGAGCUUCGUGAAAGCGAAGGGGUCCCGGCCAUCACGAAGAAGAGAUGA